CGAGUGUCCAGAGCGACCAGAACGACGACAAACAAAUUCCGCAUUUUAUUCGGAGCCCUCGGAUACCUGCGGAAUUGGUCACAACCCGGCCCGUUUCCGCGCACCCGUACCUGCUGGGUACGGUGGUGGUGCGUUUUGUUAGAGACCAAAUCCUUCCGUUCGCGCUGGACAGUGGCCGGUGGUGGUUGAGGUGGUGGUAGGCAAAACGAGCUUCUUCUUGGCUGCGGAAUCCUUGCUGCGGUGCGCGAAAGGAUAGUGCAGAGGACAUUGCAGGGUUUCUUUCUGCUCGUUUUGCCCUCCCGAAGGUAAGGUGCCUUUCUCGAAGGUACCUUCCCUUGAACCCCAAAAAGUUUCAUCCAUUUGCUUCAACCCAAUCCUAGUGUGCGAUGGCAGUCGAACAAUUGCGAACCAACAACCCGACCAUCAUCAUCAUUGCUGUGCGAAAGAUUGCUGUGAUGAUGACGAUGAUGACGAGUGUGCUAGGGAGAUGAAGUGCUCAUCCUGCCACAUUUACCAAAGUAAAGAACACGGGUGUCGGCGGUGUAGAGGGGUGGCCAAAACGGGCGAUAAAAAAUCACGGAUGUCCAGUGCCCUACCGCUGGAACCGUGCGCAGCAGGACGAUUGCAUUUCAUUGGACGAAUUUGGUGGCCCGAGCGACUACCGGGCUACGGGCUCGCUUCGAUCGCAGCAUUCCGCUAGCAGCAACAGCAGCAACCAUCAUGAUGGCCAACAACAAUUCCUGUGAAGCAAAGGCGGCUGCGAGCGCGACCACCAGCUCCACCCAGGGUGGUGAGGGUGGUCCGGGAGGUGAUGAUGGGAGUGACGUCAGUGGCGGUAGUGAUAGCAGUGAGGUAAACAUCCGCCGAGGGCUCGAUGUGAUACAGAGCAUGAUCGAUAUAUCGGCCGAUCGGCUCGAGGGACUGCGGACGCAGUGCGCCACCAGCGCCGAGCUCACCCAACAGGAAAUCCGCACGCUCGAGACAAAGCUGGUGAAACUGUUCUCUGAUCUGCUGAUUACGAAAUCCAAACUUCCCGAGCGGCUACCGGCACGUGGGCUCCCCGCAACAGGAAACGAACUCAAGCAAUGGCUCAGAGUUGUAGGUCUGAGCUGUGCAUCACUCAAAGCUGUGAUACAACAGGUCAGCACGCUGGAGGGACUGCUGGAAAAGGACGAGAAGGAACUGCGAACAAUCAUGGGCAACAAUGUGUACGUUCGGGAGGAGGAAAUCAAGCGGCUGACGCGCGCCUGCGGCAAUCUUCGGCGGUGCCGGGAGCAGCUCGAACCUCCAGCCGCCGACGGUAGCGGCCGUAAGGGCAUGGACCCGCCGGACCUGUUCUGGGACUCGUGGGAUCGUCAACCGGCCUGCCAUCGGACUUCGCCACGCGUCAACCGAUCGCUGGCUGGCAGCAAGUGCACGAACAAGCAGAGCACUAGCAGCGGCGUAAGCUACCAGCAGCGACACAAUAAUGGCCCCACCGGCGGACAAGGGUCAGAUGCUAUGCAUCACCAGCAUCACCAUCAUCAGCUGCCGACCACUUCCACUAGCCCGCAAUCGGAGGAAUCGGUGCCACAAAUGCAACACCAGCAGCAACCGCACCACCACCACCACCAUCACCACCAUCAGCAGCAGCAUGACUCGCUCCUGAAUCCACAUCAUACGAUCUCCCCGGAUGAAGCGUCGACGAGCGGCUGCACGCCGUCUCCUUCGCCACCGAACUCGCCCUCCAACGUGCUGCUGCACAACAACAAGCAGAACCGCAAAGGAGGCUUUCCCACGACACCACCUCCGAAGCGGAAACAUCAGACUGCGUUGCUCUCCACAUCCGCCUCUUCCUGUUCCACCGCGGCUUCGACGGCGGCGGCCGCUGCGGCAGCUGCAGUGGUUCCGGCGUCGUCAACAACAGGUGGCGGAGCGGUGGUGUCCACCAGCACGACGACGUCCUCCACACCGGGCGGAGUGGUGGACGCUACCACGGCGCUUACCAAAUCGAAAUCCCACGAGUCCCAGUUCGUUGCCCAACAGCAGGGCGGAUUGAGUGCGGCUAGCGGUGGACAUGUGGCAUCAAACGUGGUAGGCGGUGCCCACAACAAUAACAACAACAAUGGCCAUUCCAAUGGCGGCAACAACAACAGCAGUGGCCACAAUAACAACAACAGCAUUAAUCACAUCAACAACAACAUUCCAUCGACGGUCGUGUCGCUCGGUCCGGACGGUCCACCGUCCCUGACGACCACGGCCUCCCCCAACCUGCCGACGAGCGGAGGCGGAGCAAGUGGCACGUUCGUGUCGCAUCAGCAGCAGCGUCUGCUGGCGAAUGGGAGUGCCUCGAACCGGCUGGUAGGCACCUUUUCCCGCACUCGGCUCCACACGGAACCGACGGUCACGAGCAGUGGCAGCAGUAGUGUGAGCACCAGUGCGUCCGGUGGCAUUGACCAGCACCAUCUGCUGCAGGGCCAGGGCCCUCCCGGUCAUCAUUAUUAUCAUCACGGGCAGCAGCACCAGGCAGGCAACACCAGCUCGGAGCUGGGAGGAGGAGAGUACGGAGGCAUUGACCCGGGCAUACCGCCACACCCGGCAACCGUUCCACCAAAGUCACCGUGCACACCGAUCAUCACGCGCGGCAUGGGCCACAUGAUACAGCAUCGGUUUACGAAAAAGUUCAAGGUCACCAAGAGCACCUGCGACCUGUGCCUCAAGCAGAUGUACAUCUGCUUCAAGUGCACCGAGUGUAAGUUCCGCUGCCACAAGGACUGCAAGUCGAGCGUGCCACCGUCAUGCGGCCUGCCGCAGGAGUUUGUGGAUGAGUUUAAGAAGUCGCUCCAGUCGGACACGCUCUGCCCAAGCGUUUCACCCAACAUUGGCCGGGGCGGUGGUGGCGGCGGUGGCAAUCCUCUCAUGUACGGCGGAGGCGUUCGCGGUGGUGGCGAGAUGAAGCCGGGCAUGCCACGGGGACCGAUGCAUGCGAUCCAUGCGUGUGGUGGCGGACCGGACAGCAGCUCGGCCGGGUCGAGCUGCAACAGUUCGUCACCCUCGAGCCCCGCACUGCUGUCACUUCCGCCGCAAACACCCGCCACGUCCAAGCAUUCGCAGUUCAACUUCCCGGAGGUGGGGAGUGGAGGGGCCCCUGGUGGCGCCGGUGGAUCGAUGAUGACUUCAACGUCUUCGAUCGUUACCGGUGGUUCGAUGGCAACGAGCGGUGGAAGCGAUCGUAGUGGUAGCGGCGGAGUCACACUCGAAACACAUCCCAUCGCGGGUGGUGGCAAUGCAUCCAGCGGGCUUGGCAGCCUUGGCAGCAACAGUCACACCUCCACCGCCGUCGAUGUGCCGAGGCUGCAGUUCCCAGAUAAUCAAGCGGAGCACAACGUGCCCGGUGGUGGGGAGGACAAGACAGGCUCGGCUAGUGCUACCAGUACCGACUCGUCCUCCGACCGGACGCCGAUACGACUCGAUUCAACCGAGGAGCGCGAUCACGAGAGCAGCUGGCCCCGGCAGAACUCGCUCUCGCUCAAGGAGUGGGACAUCCCGUACGACGAUCUGCACCUGAAGGAGAAGAUCGGCAACGGGCGCUUCGGCACGGUGCAUCGGGCCCUCUGGCACGGGGACGUGGCCGUGAAGCUGCUGAAGGAGGACUACGUGGCGGACGAGAGCACACUCGAGGCGUUCAAACUCGAGGUGGCCACGUUCAAGAAGACGCGACACGAGAACGUGGUCCUGUUCAUGGGCGCCUGCAUGAAGCCGCCCCGGCUGGCCAUCGUCACCUCGCUGUGCAAGGGCAACACGCUCUACACGCACAUCCACCUGCGAAAGGACAAGUUCAACCUGAACCGAACGACGCUGGUGGCGCAGCAGAUCUCGCAGGGCAUGGGCUACCUGCACGCGCGCGGCAUCGUGCACAAGGACCUGAAGACGAAGAACAUCUUCCUCGAGAACGGCAAGGUGAUCAUCACCGACUUCGGGCUGUUCAGCGCCACCAAGCUGCUGUACUGCGAGCUCGGGCUCGGCAUUCCGGGCGGCUGGCUGUGCUACCUAGCGCCAGAACUGAUGCGCAACCUCACGCCGUACCGGCCGGUCGAGGGCGAUCUGCCAUUCUCGCGGGCCUCCGACAUCUACGCGUUCGGCACCGUCUGGUACGAGCUGCUGUGCGGCGAGUUUCCCUUCAAGUCGCAGCCGGCCGAAUCGAUCAUCUGGCAGGUGGGCCGAGGCAUGAAGCAAACGCUCGCCAAUCUGCAGGCAUCGCGCGACGUCAAGGACAUCCUGAUCCAGUGCUGGAGCUACCACUCGGACGAUAGGCCCGACUUUGCCAAACUGCUGUCCAAUCUCGAGCGGUUGCCCAAGAAACGGCUUGCCCGGUCACCCUCGCACCCGGUACAGUUGUCCCGGUCGGCUGAAUCGGUCUUCUAAAGCGAAAACAAACCCCGCCACCCCCUUGGCACCCCCAUUCCAUCAACAACAGCAGCGGCAGAUAGAAAGAGUUGAACCCUUGCAAAUAGUCACUUCAUUCGUUGCGGGAGGAAGAAAACGACACCUUUUGCCCCAAAGCAAGCGGCAUUGAUUGUUUGACUGCAUCGGACGAUAAGUGGAGGAGCAGGCACGUUGAGAUUAUACAGAUAAAAAUAAAUAAAUAUAGGCUAUAUAGGACGGACAGUGUAUGGGUUAAGUUAGCCAGUGUUAAGAACGCAGCGAAAGCCAGAAGGAGAGAAACAUGAUUCGAACACUUUAGGGACGAGAGCGACCGGUGCGGAGCAGGAGUCUUCGACCAGAGUCAACGGAAAGGAACGGAAUGUGAAACGGAGGAGGACGAACGCCACGAACAGCAAGAGAACAAAUUAAUCACAUCAUUGGAUCAGAAUUGUAAUCUAAAUAGCUUCAAAGUUGAAUAAAGUGUGACAAAAAU